CCGUGUGUGGCGUUAUUAUAAUUGUAGCUUUCCAUCUCGUAAAAGUGUGUUGUCUCAGAUGCAGGGAUCAUAAAAAAAAAAGUAAUGGGGAUAAUGACAGAUAUUUGAAUGCUGAUUUAUCUUCCGUCACUGGGAUACUGCCUUCGAUUGUGUAUUAUUUUGUGCAUUUAGAUCGUUUUUUUUGUCUUUCUGCAAGUGAGUUUUUCUGUUUUGGUAUCAGCUUGCACGCAAGCGAGUGACACGACUGGAAUGUCGACACAACGUGCCGUCAUUUAGAGGUUAUUUUUGACAUUUUAGUUAGAUUUUAUCGAUCGCACAGUGAAUGCAUACAUAUUUUUUUGCUUUAGUCCGCUCGGACGUGGUCGUAGAUUAGACGUAAUAGCCAGUAUGGCUAUGUUAACGUUGGUCUAAAGUAAUUCUGGAAAGCGCAACUGUAAGUUCUCCUGGCUCUAUAUUGAUUAGUUCUGAAAUAUGUCUGCCUUUUCUUUUUAACUUCGUCGUAUUUUAGAUAAGCAGAAUACGCUAUAAAUCGAUUUGUCAGAUAUGAGACACGGUGUAGCCUGUUAGCUAUUGUGUCACCACCUGAACUUGCAAAAACUCGGACUCUAGAUCGUGUUAGCUACUUAAUCAAGGAUCUGAAGUGCGGAACAAACUGUUCUGGACCUUUCUUUGGAACUGACAAUGAUAACACAGCCGCCGAUGAAGAGAAGGCGCACCGUCGAGGACUUCAACCAGUUCUGCACUUUUGUGUUAGCCUACGCUGGUUAUAUCCCCCAACCAACUGAGGAAUGGCAGUGUAACAACAGGUUACCACGGGACAGCCCACUCCACAGUGAAGGCCGGGCCUCUCCUUCUUCUUCUUCUUCUUCUUCCUCCUCCUCCUCCUCCUCCUCCUCCUCCUCUUCCUCCUCCUCCUCUUUCCCUGAUUUGCUGUGUGGCCCCGGCCUGGCUAAGAGGGCCGGAGCGGCGCAAGGGAAGACGCGCGAAAGCGGGAAGAGGAGGAAACGGAAGGAGGCCGGGUCGCACGAGGACCCCGCAAGGCCCCGCAAGGGGAUCGCGAAGCCCCCCAAAGCCGAGGUGUCCCCCAAGAAGCCGGCCCACCAGACGCCCCAGUUCCAGUGGAGAAAUGUCGCCUUUCUCCGGGACGCCCCCCGCCCAGGGGCCGAGGUCACCCCUGCCCUGCCUCUACCGGGGCCCCCGCCCGGCGCACGAGAUUGUGGGCCGGCCGCGAACCCCGAGCCGAAACCGCAACCCGCCCAGGACCCCGAGGGCCGUCGCACUCCGACAGAGUCCGCAGCGAGCCCGCCGGACCAAUCCGUGCCUCCGCCCCGCUUCGUGGGCCCCGCCCCUCGCCCCCUCGGCCAAUCCGAGGAGAGGCCCGCCGUUGCCGUCGCCGCCGCCGACGUCACUCCCGCGCCCGUCAGGCGCAACCAGUGGGAGGGGCCGUGGGACCCGUCCGCCGCCAGGGAGACCGCGCGCGUGCGGGCGGGGGAGUGGGACGGCCGCGCCCAGGGGGAGGGCGAGAGGGAGGAGAGGAGAGGGAGCGGGAGAGACGGCAGGAGGACGGAGGAGGAGAGCGGGGGGACGGACAUUCUGCGGCUGGUGAUCGAGCGGUGCCUCGCCCGGCACGCCCUCGACGACCAGGACACUGGUUACCACAGCGACGGAGCUAACAGUACAGAGGACAUGUCUGGCGGUCCGGGUCAAAUGGAAGAGGAGGACUCGUGGGACCUGAUCACCUGCUUCUGCAUGAAGCCGUUCGCGGGACGUCCCAUGAUCGAGUGCGGCGAGUGCGGCAUCUGGGUGCACCUGUCCUGCGCCAAGAUCCGCCGCGCCCACGUGCCCGACGUCUUCACCUGCCAGCGCUGCCGCGACGCCAAGCAGACCAUCCGCCGGUCCGGCCGCGCGCGGGCGGGCCCCCGGAAACGCUUCAGCGAGUAACGCCCCCCCCCCAAAAACGCUUCUGGGGGGUAACGCUCCCCUCCACCCCCCUCCCCCGGACCCCUGCAGCCCUAUACCAGGGGGCCUACUGCCCUAUACCAGGGGGCCUACUGCCCUAUACCAGGGGGUCUACUGCCAUAUACCAGGGGGCCUACUGCCCUCAUCUCGGACCGUUCCUCAGCACUUUUUUUUACCGUUCACACGCCUUCUCCAGUCGGGCUGCCCGGCCUGACUCCUGGAGCUCCACCGUCCCGUAGGUCAGGUGUGCGGAUCCGUUCCGGGAUUUAAUUUUACGAUUCACGGUGCGGCUGCAGUCUGCGAGGGUGUCCUAAGGAUUUCACUGUGCCACAGUGAAAAAACCGGCACACAAAACACACAAACACACAAAACACACAAACGGGCACACAAAACACACAAAAACCGGCACACAAAACACACAAACACACAAAAACCGGCACACACAAUGGCCCCUCCAGGACUGGAGUUGUGCAACCCCCCCCCCCCCUGUAGGUUUACACUCACACAACCCUGACACGGCACACCUCAUUCAACAGUUGCCGCAUAUUAGGGGCUAAUUAGCAUCAAGCUGCUAAUUGGUAGAAACAGGUGUGCCGAGUCAGCGCCGGAAUGAGAGCCGUCAGGACGGCAGAUCUCUGGGAGCGGGGCUGGGCAGCCCCCCGCUUUGAAGACACUUAACAGACGAGUCUUCUCCUGAGCGACUUCGGCAGCUGGUGUACUUUUCACACAGUAUCCGUUUACAGUAUACAGCUGGAUCUAUACGGAAGGCCAUUGAGGCCAAGCGCCUCACUCAAGUGUACAAAAGCGGUGUCCUGCGUGGGAAUUAAGACUUUUAGGCAACGAGUUCCCAGUUCCCUACCCCGUUAUACUCCACCACAGCCCACUUUAUACGACGUUUUGACUGACUGAAGCAGUGGACUGCGCGGUAAGCUCACCUGGACUCCUGGUUCGUAGCUGGGUGCUGAUGUCAUGGUGAAAACAGAACCCCAGCUGUCCCCGCAGCUCUCCAGGACCCUGUUUUUACUCACCAGACACUCAGCACUUGUGGUUUUUUUUUUUUUUUUUUUUUUUCUCCAGUCCUCUAAAUUUGUAACUCCCAAGAAGUUUCAGCCGGGUAACUAAGAGUCUCUGGUGCUGUAGUGACCCUUUCAGGAGCAGGUUUAAUUUUUGGAACGUUUUUGGAAAAGACCAUGUUCUAGAACUUCGAUUGCCAGUGGGGAUCGUUACAUCAGCAUUAGAAUGUUCACUUAAGGACAUUGUAAUCCCUUAUUUGGGACCUCACACCUUAAUGGGUUGAAGUACAAGACCAUCCAUUGCCACAGUACUAUCCUGCAUUGUAAAUUUCUGCAUUUCUUUUUUACUUGGCUCUCCAACAGUCUCGCUGCCCUUUGACCAGCAAUGCAUUUCCCCCCAUUCUGUAAAUACUGUGCCCAGCUGUAUUUCAACUGCAGAACCUGGGAAACCCUGUGAGCAACAACAGCAUCCGAUUGGACACAGCAGGCACGACGUGUUUCAUGCGCAUCAUAAAGAGUCUUCCGGUCGCUAUGGUGCUGUCUCACAAUGAAAGAUUCCAUUGGUCUCUGAACCACCCCGCGCUAAAGGGCUGAACUUUCUCCUGUGUCCGUGACCUCUGACCUCUCCCGUCACCACCACCACCACCACCACCCCCCCGUCACUCCACUACACGGGGGGAGGGGCGUGUUCACAGAAGCCCCUGAAAUGUAUUUGGACAGAUGGGUGUCGCGGUUUUAUGAUCCGUCCUCGGUCUCGUCUGGUCUCGCACUGUACGACGCACGGCUCUCCCUCCAGGUGCAAGAUGGACAUGUACAAAGAAAACCUGUAAAUAGUUUUUUUGUUUCUGGUUCUUAAAAGUUCUAUAAAUAAAAAGUGACAAAAUGA